AUGCCUAUUUUGGACGUAUACGUACCUGCUCCGGGUAACUUGACUGGCGCCAACCCCACGUACGACCGUGGCAAAGCUCUCGGUCUUUACAUCAAGCUCGGAGAAGACCAUAAUGACGACUACACCAGCUUGUACCUUGAACAACUAGCUCGCGGUGAGACGAUGCUGCGUGCCUUGUCGUGGAACUUCCCUGACGAUGAAUCGCUGAAGAGCGCUGACAAUCAGUUCAUGCUUGGUCCAUUAAUCUUGAUCAUGCCGGUCCUGUUUCCGCUCUUACGCGCCUGCCAAGGCGUCUUUGUCACGGUUUGGGGUGCUCCUGCCUGUCGUACCUCACCUCCAUGA